GGGGACCGCAGUGAGAGAGCAGGGUGCCAAGAGGAGACACAGAGCCAGAAAACAGGAGGACAAGUCUGACAUUUAUUUUCUGAUUAGGGAGCAUCACAGAAGAGAAAACGAAUCUCUUUUUUCUUUUUAUAUAUGGAUACUGAUUUCUGUUUUCCCCAACUCCUUUCCAGGCUGGUUUCAUCACACCAGCAUCACUGCGCUUCAUUGGAAUGUGCGCUGUAGGUUCUCCGGGACACGUCUGAAACACAAGACAACGGAGAUAGAAUAGAAAAGAGCUUCUGCAGUCAGAAAAAGUCCUUUAAAAAUAUCGAAAUGCCUCUCUUUUAAUGGGGCAGAUUUUCCCGGACGCCUCACGCAUUUUUGGAGACUUUUACGCAUUUUGGAGACUUUUGUCUCUCGACUGAUAUGGGUGAUGGAAAUGGACAUUUUGUCCAUUAACAGAGGAUAAUAAGGUUUAUAAUAUUUUCUACCCAAGUGCACUUGUUUUUCCGGCGAUGAUUGUGCUUUUGAUUGUCCUGUGCAUGACGGAUGGAGUGCUCUCUCAGAUACGCUACUCUGUGCCGGAGGAGGCGGACCAUGGCACCUUGGUGGGGAAUAUCGCCGAGGACCUGGGACUGGACCUUACCAAACUGGCCUCCCGCCGCUUCCAGGUGGUGCCCAGCUCUCGGACACCGUACCUUGAGGUGAACCUGGAGAACGGCGUCCUAUUCGUUAACGAAAAAAUCGACCGGGAGCAUAUCUGCAAGCAGAGCGCCAGCUGCCAGCUCAACAUGGAGGUGUUCUUGGAGAACCCACUGGAGCUGUUUCGGGUCGAAAUCGAAGUGGUGGACAUUAACGACAACCCACCCAGCUUUCCGGAGACAGACAUCACAGUGGAGAUCUCAGAAAGCGCCACUCCGGGCACCCGUUUCCCUCUGGAGAGCGCGUUCGACCCUGACGUGGGCUCUAACGCUUUACGCACGUACGAUAUCACCACUAACAACUACUUUUACCUGGAUGUGCAGACCCAAUCGGACGGAAACAAGUUCGCGGAGUUGGUCCUGGAAAAGCCGCUGGACCGGGAGCAGCAGGCGGCGCACAGGUACGUGCUGACCGCGGUGGACGGCGGUCAGCCUCCCCGGACUGGCACCGCGCUGCUGGUGGUCAAAGUGCUGGACUCUAAUGACAACGUGCCGGUGUUUGACCAGCCCGUGUACACGGUGAGCCUCUCAGAGAACGCACCGGUGGGCACGCUGGUCAUACAACUAAACGCCACCGACAUGGAUGAGGGACUAAACGGGGAGAUAGUUUAUUCCUUCAGUAACCACAUAUCCAACCGCGUAAAGGACCUGUUCAGCAUAGACCCGCGCACCGGGCGCAUCGAGGUGCGCGGAGAGGUGGAUUUCGAGGAGAGCAGCCUGUAUCAAAUCUUCGUUCAGGCCAAGGAUCUGGGGCCAAACGCCGUGCCUGCGCACUGCAAAGUGCUGGUCAAAGUCACCGACGUGAACGACAACGCACCGGAGAUCACCUUCAGCACCGUCACCGAGUCAGUGAGCGAAAAGGCGGCUCCCGGCACCGUUAUCGCGCUGCUGAGUGUGACGGACCGGGACGCAGAGGAGAACGGACAGAUACACGUGGAAAUCCUCGGAGAUGUCCCCUUCAAAUUAAAAUCGUCCUUUAGGAAUUAUUUCACCAUAGUGACCGACGGGCCGUUGAACCGGGAGCAGGCGGACUCCUACUCCGUCACUGUGGUCGCGCGGGAUAAAGGGACGCCCUCGUUGGCUGCCAGUAAGUCAAUCCGAGUCCAGGUGUCAGAUGAGAACGACAACGCGCCCACAUUCACGCAGCCCAUAUAUGAUGUGUAUGUGACAGAGAAUAACGUGCCAGGGGCGUACAUACACGCUGUGACGGCUCUGGACCCGGACAUCGGGCAGAACGCGCUCAUCAGUUACUCCAUAUUAGAGUGUGACAUUCAGGGCAUGUCAGUCAAAACCUAUGUGUCCAUCAAUGAGGAGACAGGCUAUCUGUAUGCACUCAGGUCCUUUGAUUAUGAGCAGCUGAAGGAUUUCACAUUCAUGGUCCAGGCCAAAGACGCGGGCACCCCGGAGCUCUCCUCCAACGCCACAGUCAAAGUCAUAAUUGUGGAUCAGAAUGAUAAUGCCCCCCUGGUGCUGGCUCCCUUGGGGAAGAACGGCACAGCCAAGGAGCCCCUGCCCCGAUCAGCUGAGCCGGGCUACCUGGUGACCCGCAUCGUUGCUAUGGAUGCUGAUGAUGGUGAGAACGCCCGGCUGUCCUACAGUAUCCAGAGGGGGAACGAGAACGGCAUGUUUAGGAUGGACUGGAGGACGGGCGAACUUCGGACGGCGAGGCGGGUGUCGGCCAAGCGAGACCCCCACCAGCUGUAUGACCUGCUGAUUGAGGUGAGAGACCACGGCCAGCCGCCGCUGUCCUCCAGUGCCAGCGUGCUGGUGAUGCUGGUGGACAGCGUGGCUGAAGGCCGUGGCGGUGGGGAGCGGGGAGGCACAGCCAAAGCCAAAGACGGCACCCUGGACCUCACCCUCAUCCUCAUCAUCGCCCUGGGUUCUGUCUCAUUCAUCUUCCUCCUGGUCAUGAUCGUGCUGGCCGUGCGCUGCCAGAAGGACAAAAAGCUUAACAUUUACACCUGCCUGACCAGCGAGUGCUGCCUGGGCUGCAGUUCCUGCUGCUCACGGCAGGGCCGUGCCCGUAAGAAAAAGCUCAGCAAGUCGGAUAUCAUGCUGGUGCAAAGCGCUGGCAACGUCAGUGGGGCCGGUACAGCUCAAGUCCCCGUGGAGGAGUCAGGGAGCUUCGGCUCUCACCAUCAAAACCAGAACUAUUGCUACCAGGUAUGUCUGACUCCAGAGUCUGCCAAAACCGACCUCAUGUUCCUAAAGCCGUGUAGUCCGUCUAGGAGCACAGACACCGAUCACAACCCGUGCGGGGCCAUAGUGACAGGGUACACAGACCAGCAGCCUGACAUCAUAUCAAACGGCAGCAUUUUAUCAAACGAGACCAAACACCAGCGAGCUGAGCUCAGCUACCUGGUUGACAGGCCGAGACGUGUCAACAGUUCGGCAUUCCAGGAGGCGGACAUGGUCAGCUCUAAAGACAGCGGCCACGGCGACAGCGAGCAGGGAGACAGCGACCACGACGCCACCAACCGAGGCCAUUCCUCCGGCGCCGAUCUUUUCUCUAACUGCACGGAGGAGUGUAAGGCCCUGGGCCACUCCGAUCGCUGCUGGAUGCCCAGCUUCGUGCCCUCUGAUGGGCGCCAGGGCCCAGACUACCGCAGCAACCUCCACGUGCCCGGCAUGGACUCAGUCCCGGACACAGAGGUAUUUGAAAGCCCUGAGCAAACGGCCGAUAAGUCAUUCUCCACCUUUGGCAAAGAGACGCCUCUCAGUCACCUCCACCACCACCAAAACCACCACCACCUUCUCAAAAACCAUCACCUCAGCCACCAGCAGGGCUCCCUAGAGAGGAAAGAGUUGGAAGCAUUUCUGCCUAGCUCCAGAGCACCUUAUAACCCAGCUUAUUUAACGAGGAAAAGGGUUUGCUAGCUCCUUUCGCGUGGACAUACCAGAGACCGCGUGACUUUGCACAAUCACUCCCCGACGUCUGAGGCUAUAAAAAAAAGCAUCAAGUUUUCAACCCAUUUUUGCCCUCAUCCCUCCUCACCCAGCGAAAAUCUGAAAAUAAAAACACACUCGACUACACACUAAAUGAGGAACGACCCCCUUUCUGGAAUUCCUUGGAGCACUGCCGGGCUUUGGAGGCAACCCACUCUGGGGAUUAGGAGACAGUCGAACA